UUCCAACUUUCUUCCUUCUCCCACCUUCCUCUAAUACCAAUCGCCUCUUAGUGCUGUCACUUAGCGGUUCCCUAGCCGCCCCGUUUACCCACCGGCCCUCCCAGCAAAACUUCCUCUACAUUAUUAUUUGGUUUCCGCUCCUCAUCCAUCUAUCCGCGGUACUCAAUUCCGACCUUGGACUUCCUCCCCCAUUAAAUACUCCUCGUUCGCUGUUUCACAAGGAGAUAGAGAGAAAAAGAACAAUUAGUGCUGGUCUAGUCCGCUUGCCCUCUGUCACUGAUUAUCUGUCUGGAUUCCCAUCAUGGCGAAUGCCAUCGGCUCAGCAUGGCGGUCCUUUUGGCAUACAAUGACUUCUUAUGAUCGCCAUGCUUCCCAUGACUCGCCGUAUCGAACCGGUAAACAUGUGCCUCUUAGUCAAAGUCGACACGAGCCUCUCACAUCCAUUGCAACAAGCGCUAUCGAAUCUCGACCGGAUCUGACUUCCCCGUAUGAUGACGACCAGCCGAAAGGCUCAAAUGGCUGGUCCGGCUCCCCUACGGGAGGGGGCUCGCCCAAUCGCCCAUACUCUCCUGGAAUGCGAUCACUGUCAUCUCAGAAGCGUCAAUCCGCAGAUCCCAAUGCGGAUGGUGCUCCGGAGAUCCAGAUGCAAAGUUUCCAUGAUGGUGCACCGCCCCCUCCACCCAUCGCUCAUUCAUGGAGGAAGAUUGAGAAAUGGCUGGAAAAUAAUUACCAGGAGCUUUGGGAUAAUCUAUGUGAGGGCUGCACCCAAAAUGACAUUAACGAACUGGAGCACGAACUGGACUGCAGCCUACCGUUGGAACUGCGGGAAUCUUUGAUGGUCCAUGAUGGUCAGGAGCGGGGAGGGUUGCCCACCGGUGUCAUCUUUGGCUGCAUGCUUCUGGACUGUGAGGAGAUCGUUCAAGAAUGGAAGAACUGGAGGGUAGUCAACGAGGAGUUUUUGAGCUCAUCUAUGAUGAACGCUCCUUCAAGGCCAACUCCCAGUUCAUCGUCCGCCGUGCCCCCUGCCCCGGGUGCUAAUGGUGCGUGGAGAAAUGAUCUGCUCGAGCGACAGGACUCGCAGCCCCCCGGUGCAGUCCAGAAGGCCUAUGCUCAUCCGGCUUGGAUUCCCCUGGCUCGCGACUGGGGCGGCAACCAUAUCGCUAUCGACUUGGCCCCAGGACCUGCUGGAAAGUGGGGACAGGUUAUCAUCUUUGGCCGGGACUACGAUUGUAAAUACGUUGUUGCUCGGUCCUGGUCUGCCUUCCUUGCUAUACUAGCAGAUGAUAUUUGCAGUGGCAAAGUUUCUGUGGAUGAAGAGACGAAUGAGAUGAAGCUUUUGGAGUUCAAGUCGCAAAACGUGGAACCCCCCUACUUGGAGAUCUUGAGGUGGAGGGCCGAUCAGAAGUACGGCAGGAGACAACCUAGGCGCAAGGCUCCGAAUGGCCUGGGUUUGAGUACGGGUGGCAAGUCGGGCAAAGAGUCACCCUAUGGCAGCCCAACGCCCAGUGAAGAGCGUGGAAGGUCGCCGCAUCGCUUCCCCAACCGGGGGUCUACUCAAAGUCCUAAGACUCAAUUCGGCAUGUCAAGUCCGCUGGCUCGCGUCACAGAAGAGGCACCGAGCCCGGUACAUACUGUUGAGGAGACUGGGCUUCCAGAAAAGGCCGCUAAGGAGAACGAGGAAGAGCGUUCAUCCGAAGACUUGAUGGAGGUAGCCACGCCUCAAAUCGGCGGAAAAGAGAACGAGGGAGCCGGAAAGAGUGAGGAGGAGCGCCAGUCAUUGGAAGCGGACAAGGCGCAAAAGCGUGAUUCGAAUCAAUUGUCUUCGGCCACUGGCUUGGACGCCGAGGUCUUGGGUGAAAUGAAAAAUGUUGCGAUCUAGACCUCGUGUUGAGCGAUUAUUGCUUUUAUGUGGCUCCUUUUUUCCCGGCGCGUCAUCUUCAUCCUUUAUCAUGAGCACCUUGCUUUUGCGUUCUUAAUGAGGAGUUUUCUGAUCUUGUCUCCUUCCAGUCCAAAGUGUCCCAGGCGCCCCUCUAUGAAAGUUGAUGGAUUUGUGUGAACCCUCUUCUGACCUACAUGUAUAAAUCUUUCGCAUUGUCCUACUCCAUGAUUCCUGUGGCCGUCCGUUUUUCCUCUCGAUUCUUAUAUUCUUGUCAUUUGCAACCUUCAGCAGCCUUAUCUUUCUAACUUGGGAUGGUCACCCGCGAUCUGUUUUCUCCACAUUGCUGUAACUUUACCUCAACGAUGAUGCUGUAUUAGUUUUCUUCAAAGUGCUUUUUUUUUCUUUUCUGGAUUUCUGCU